CGUAAUUUACGUUGUUUGUCUCAAUUGUCUGCUACACAUAUUAUUUGAAUCUGUUUACUUGUUAUUGCAGAUAUGUCUCGUAUGUAUUUCAGCUAAUUAAACUUUUAGCUGUCAGUUUUCAAAAUCAUAAUCCUCUUUCUGAAAACUAAGAAGAUUGGCCCAGUGUCUUUGAUGAUGAUAUCAUAUCUGUCCGACGUUCAGAUUCCUAUCAUACUAAACGUAGAUUUGGUGAUUGUGAAAUAUCAACGUUGAUAGUCAGAUUCUAUUUUGCAUAGACACCAAAAUUCGUAUGGGUUGCUACAAGGAGAGCGUACUAUGGCCUAUUUCUGGCUACACUAUAAUGAUUUGGAUAGUCGACGAAUUGAUACAUAAUUACUAUUUACUGAAUUUGCUAAAAUUAUCACUACUUAAACUUACUCACAACAAAAAGUAUCGCUUUAAUAUUGCCUUAUCAGUCACAAACCCUACAAAGUUUUGCAAAGAAUUCAUUAUAUGUAGUGAAAAAAAUAUAUGCGCUUCCCUCAGGUGGGUCAAGGCAUUUGAACACUUGGAAAAACCUGAAACAGCCCUGAACUUUGAUUUUAAUCAGUUCACUUCAGACAAAGCUUUUGAAAUUUAUUUGUUUGUUCCAACAACAAUUCUCUACAAAUUUGGGGACAACAGUUGUUCACCGGAUAAAAUAACACACUUUAGUACCAAGGCAUCUGUUCACAUCAGACUUAUAGUUUCUGAAAAAACUGGUGUUACCAAACAUGUACCAUUUUCUGAAACUGAUGCCUUUGGAGUUGAAAUCCUUAAAAGUAUUUCUCAGUUAGCAUCUGGAACAUUUGCUAUCGUUCGAUUAUGUUCAUUUGUCAAAACAUGCUCAAAUGGCUGCACCACGUGGUUACUGGGCAAACACGAACGUGGUUCUAAUCAUAUGAAUACAUCAAAACGAUCCAAGGAAAUACAAAUUCAUAUGUUGUCAUUUAUUAAUCAUUCACAGCCCAUUAAAUUACCCUGUGGAAAAGUUUACGUUGUGAGUGAUUCUAUAGAGCAUGAGCCUGUGUUAAUGAAACCAACACUGUCAGCUUCUUCUGAAUUUACUGAUAGAUUAAACUUCAGCAUCAAAUAAAGUUUUCAAACACAGUUGAUAUUGUUGGCUCCUUUUAAAGAUUUUAGACCACAUACGUGCCCCAAUUCUUUCAGUACCUCCGAUUGUUGUAUUCAUCCUCAUUUGUGGUCACGUGUAUUUGUGAAUGAAAAACUAGUAAAUGAUUUAAAUCGUAGAAUUUAUGAAUCAGCUAAAGACGAAGCGAACUCAAGAAAAUGUUUAUUUAACUGGUUUACUGAUGAUUACGGUCGAAAAUCAAGUCUCCUUGACAACAAAAAGGUGCUAGCAAGGAGAUCAUCAGACGGUCAUUACUACCUUGGGUCAGUUCAAACUGUCAAAUCCCAUCUACCUGUGGAUCAAGUUUUUAUACGAUUCGGUCCUAUACACAAUUUAACAAGCUUUGAUUUGCGAAAAUCCAGAUCAACUACCUCGAAUUCGGAUACAUUUCAUUAUGAAUGGCUUGAUAUAACAGAAAUCAUUGACUUAGAGCACGCUAUCAGACACUCAAUUGAACCAGGUGAUUGUGUUCUUGUACCCUACAGUUGGCCCUUUCCAAAGUGUCCCAUCCUUAAUGUGGAAAAACCAUCUAGUUUUGAGAAUCUCCGUUACUAUGCAGCUAUCGUAGUUUCUGGUCGAGAACAAAGAGCUGACAAGUUAACUAAAACUAAAAAUUUCACAGAUGAUCAAAAACUUUUGGUUGAAUUAGCUAGUUCGAACACUCGUGUUGGUCAUAUUUAUGUUCCAAAGCAAAAAGCUGUUUGGAUUUCACCGAAUACUUAUCAACGAAUUGUGUUAGAACAAUAUAUGACACCAGAAUGCAGGAAAUGGUUAAAAAAUAAAACAUUUCUUCCAAAUAGUUAUCCAUUUCAAUCAGCUCCAGGUUAUCCUGCUGAUGGAUUUGGUAGAUUUAAAUCAUAUAAAAAUAGCCUUCAGUCAGAUUUACACAUUCAACCGUUGACUUUUCAACAGUUCAGACAUGGAGCGGAUGUUCAAUUUGAAUAUUGUCCAUCACUUCAAUGUUGGCCUCUCUAUUCAGUCGUGAAUGAUUUAUUACCAGUAACUAAUGGGUGCCCCGUUUGGUGUGAUAACGAAACAACAAGCAAAAAUUUAAUAAAAUUACCCACUAGUAAAGUUUCAAAUAAUCAUUUUCAGUCAUCUGGACCGAACUGCGAACAGAAUUUUGAGCCUAAAUUAGUGUAUAGGUCACGCAACAAACAUUAUCAAUUAAGGUAAAGAGAGAAAUAAUUUUGCUUAUGAUAAUUUGUUUAUUAUUCCAACUUUACUUUUAGAUAUUUCUAUCUAGUUUAACACUAUUAUGUUUUUAAAAUAAUCUUGUACUGAAAUACAAAUGAAAGUUGACUAUUAUUCCAUAAACUAUUUAUUAAACUUACGUCCGAGAAUUAGUUCUUUCUGUUUUCUAUUGAAUAUCAAGAAUACUCUUAAACACUUAUUGUAUUUAUAGAUGUUUCUACAUGUUAAAACAUUUGUUUGUUUUUGUAGUAUGCCUUUUGUGUUAGUGAAUUUGAAAUAAGAAGGUAAUCAACAACUAAAAUGUAUACGUUUAGCGUACAUCUUCGGUGGCUCAUGAUCUGACUCCCUGUUUGAAUGAACAAAUGAAUGUGCUAUGAAUAUAAAUCUUUCACUUAAUUUCGUAUAUUACAUCAAGGUUAACCUCGUGUGAGUGAAGGCGGCAAUAAAAAGUCAAAUACGGAUUCAGUUGGAUGAAUUUAUUUCAUACACUCGUUUAUUCAGAUAGCAUUAAGAUGGGAAGCGGGAAAGCUAAGCGAUGGUAAGCUUGCCAACUCGACUUAAUAAAGGGUGACUCAUCAUUUAUAGAUGGAUAUAAAACUAAGUUUAAAACAUGUGAUGGAUAGAGUAAGCAAUACACAUAUAUAUAAAAAUAAUCAAGUUUAUAAGCGAAUAAUUGAUAAAGUCAAAAGAUGUGUGGGCAACGAAUGAAGAACAAAUUAAUUAUUUUGUCCAAAAGCCAUAAUAACACGUAUAGGCGUUACACAUUACUAGGCUCUAUGCUUAACAGUUACUUCUUCACUAAGUAUGAUUAUUUUUAUCUUAAUUAGGCAAACAUGCUCUAAAUUAAUAUGGUAGUACGAUUGUAUUACUCUUAAAAACGAUAUAUUUUACAAAUGGUU